AUGUCCACUGCGCAUACACCUUUACUGCUACCAGAAGCUUUAGGAUUCUCUCCGCAACUCCUUCUCGAUGAUAUCAUCAACGCAGUCAAUAACACCAUUGUUGAGGGUGUCAAUGCAAUGGAAGACUUUCUGCGGCAGUGGGCGGAUCGUCGUUCUGAGGAGGAAAAGGAUUGGGACAGUACUGAAGAACUAGAACAAGGGCUGGUAUCUUUCGAAACGUUGUUGGAACAUCACACAGAUGUUGCCCUUGAUUUUUUUGAAGCUUGGGCGCUGAAGAACAUCUUUUCGAUUCCACCAGAUCUGCCAGUUGUCUUGCCUCAUCAAAAGGGUCUUGAUUUGACAACGAAACCAGAGAGAGAGGCAGAGCUCAUGGAGGAAAUAUCUGAACUUCGUAUCAAGCUAGAUAACCAAAGGCGACUGCAACGCCUUUAUAAUAGGGCAUUGCGCACUUCGAGGCAGCAACGUUCUCGCUCUGAGCGGCGCUUGGAACGACUUGCUGCAGUCCUCGAUCAUGAGAAGCUCAUUUCAUUAGCGAAAAUUCCUCCCCAGCUGAACGCUAUGUACGAGGCUGUUUCCAGGUUACCGCCACUUGAUCCCGCUCUUGUGGCGACAUUACCUCCAAUAGAACCCGGCAAGCGCGAUUGGGAAACGAGCAAGGCUGGAUAUUUGAACUGGGCAACCGCGCAGCUGCUUUCCCGAGCUAAAGUAGAUGAGGACGUGCACGGGAGCUCCGCUGUGGAUGAUAUGUUUAGGAAUAUGGCUCAGAUUGGCCAGGCUGACCAGAUCAGGAAGGCUGUCGAAAUCACAGAAUCAGUCCGCACAGGCUUACAGGAUGUCGAUGUGACAAUGGAGUCGGAAGAAUCAUGA